CCGCAGCAUUUAAGCGUCAUCACCCUGAGUCGAGAGCGCGAUUGGCGGGACGCUUGGACUGUGGCUGCACUGUCACCAGCGAUGAGCGGCGCGGGAGCGAUAGCGGCCGCUUCCGUGGGAUGCCUGCGCACUGGUGUCCCGAGGCCUUUCUCAGGUACCGGCCGCUCGCGGUCGCGGCUCGGCGCGGGAUUCUUCGCCGGUGACUAUUUGAAGUCUUAUGGGAGAGGCCUUAUCAUCAGGUGUCACAGCACAGGAAUGACCUUAGACAAUAUUAACCGGGCAGCCGUGGAUCAGAUAAUCCGGGUGGAUCACGCUGGUGAAUAUGGAGCAAACCGCAUCUAUGCAGGGCAGAUGGCUGUGCUUGGACGGACCAGUGUUGGCCCUGUCAUUCAGAAAAUGUGGGAUCAAGAAAAGAACCAUUUGAAAAAGUUCAACGAGUUGAUGGUUGCGUUCAGGGUCCGACCUACGGUUUUGAUGCCCUUGUGGAACGUGGCAGGGUUUGCCCUGGGGGCAGGAACUGCCUUGCUGGGGAAGGAAGGAGCAAUGGCCUGCACCGUGGCAGUAGAAGAGUCUAUCGCUCAUCACUACAACAACCAGAUCCGCAUGCUGAUGGAGGAGGACGCUGAGAAGUACGAGGAGCUGCUGCAGGUCAUUAAGCAGUUUCGAGAUGAGGAGCUUGAGCACCACGACACAGGCCUGGAACAUGAUGCAGAGCUGGUAGGACCGACUAUUACUGCUGGUGCUCCAGGGAGCGGGUUGAGGGCCAAGGUUUCUGUUCCCAGAAAGAGACAUUUGAAAGUAAGGUCACAAGGCAGGGAUACACACGUACCUGACAGAAAGCACACAAGCUCAGCUUCGGUCCAUGGUGAGGCUCCUGUGUCCUGCUCUGUUAUUAUCCCAAGAAACAACCCAGGGGUUCAGUGGCCAUAGAUGCUUCUAGCAUUCUGAAUGGCUUUUGUUUCGAAUUAAAUCAUUUCCCAGAUCCUGUCUUAGCCAGAGGAGCCCACACCCUGUCCUGACAGUGAGUCUAGGUGACAUCUGAGAAUAGAUGCACCUCGUGGGGUCUCCCUGCUGUCUGUUUAGGCACUGGCAUUGGAUCCAGAACCUUGCUGGGCGAGCGCUCUUCCACUGAAGAUUCCUCCUGCCCCGUUUGCUUCUUUUCCAAGCUCAGGGUGCCAUCCAUGUUAGACAAGCACGCUACCACCCAGCUAUAGCGUAACCUUUUGCUCUCCGCAGGCUCCCGCAUACACCUUGUUGAAGAGACUUAUCCAGGCCGGAUGCAGUGCAGCCAUAUACUUAUCAGAAAGGUUUUAAAGUACGACUACUGAGCCAUCUCAAGAAAAGAUGGCCGUAACUCAAGGUGUUUGUGGAGGAAGAACUGCAGUUAUCACUGUGUGUGAUUUGUUAAUACAAGAGGCGGUGUUUGGGGUUGUGUCACUGUUGUCAAUAAAACUCCUCGGUGCUGG